UGUAACACAGCUUAUAUCCUCCAUGUGUGUUUUGAGUCAAAGUAAUGUGAUUACAUUACUGCUAGAUAUUAAAGGGUUUUUAGAUUAACAUUAGCGUUAGCAUAGGUCUUAAACGCGUUUUUGUGUUUUCCGGUGUUUUGUCCAGAAUGGAGACAGACGCGUCCAAAUAGUUUCAACAAAGUUUGCGGUCGAUUUUUCUUCAUUUGUGGAAAUUUCUAGAGAGAACGUAGGUGAAAAUAACAACACACAACACAUUAAACACAUGCACAAUGACUGGUUUCAAAAGUGAUGGUGAUCCGAUUUCUGCUCGAAUCUAUCAAAAGACGCUGAGCUGCCAUGGAGUGUUUGGAGGAGAAGCUCAAAGGUUUGUCCAUCGCUCGGCGGUCUCGCCCAGAGGAACCCACCUACCUGCUGCACGUCGCCCUGCAGCCGACCGGCCUGCUGGCAGUGGCCUGCUCCAACUUCACCAUCCACCUGCACAACAAGGACACUCUCAGCCUCAUGGGAGAGUAUCUGGGCCACAGUGGUCCACUUUGUGGGGUAACUUUCGCCCACAGCUCCCCUGACCUCCUCUACUCUGGAUCUGCUGAUGGGACGGUCCGGGGAUGGGACAUCCGCCGCCCCGGGAAGGAGGCGGUCCAGAUGUUUAAAAGUGACCCAUCACACAGCUACUGCAGCUUCGACCUGAGCUGCAGCGACACGCUCCUGUGUGCAGGCACGGAGCAGAUAAACGAGGAGGACAGCUUUCUGGUUUUCUGGGACAUCAGGAAACCAGGUGGUGGACUUCUCGGGGUGUACUCUGAGUCACACAGUGAUGACAUCACACAGGUGUGCUUCCACCCCCAAGACAAAGACCGCCUGGCCUCUGGCUCCACAGACGGCCUCGUUAAUGUUUUCGACCUGAGCCGGGGAGCCGAGGAGGAGGCGCUGCUGGCCACCUGCAACAGCGACUCCUCCGCCGGCUCGGUCUGCUGGUCCGGAGCGGAUUACACCCAGCUGCUGUGCCUCAGCCACGACGAGGGGCUACACCUGUGGGACCUGGGCCAGCUGGACACAGAGGAGCCUCUCACCAUCUUCAGCACCUCCGACGCUCGCAGCCUGACUCCGCUGGCUGACGGAGGAGGCGUGGAUUACCUGGUGGGGGGGAGGUGGCUGGAGGAGGCGCAGAAGCUGCUGGUGGUCGGAGGGAAGAACAGCGGGGAUCUCCACCUGAUGGAGUGUGACAACAGGGGGCUCCGUCUGCUGAGGAGCCUGGAGGGUGGCCACACCUCCACAGUACGCUGCUUCCUGUGGGACGCUGCGGGGGAGGCGCUGGUCACUGGGGGAGAGGAUGCUCAGCUGUUGCUGUGGAAACCAGGAGGGGAGGAGCUCACGACGGAAAAAAGGGAGUCACUGAAGAGCCAAUCAGCUUUGAGACUCAAAUCCAGACCGCAUAAAAAACAUGGCUACCAGAGGGAGAAGAAGGCAACGUAACAAAGACUUGACAACAGUCACUGAUCACAGUCCAUCAGGAAAGAAAUCCUGAGUCUGGAAUCAUGUCGCAAUUCCAGAGAAUUUGCUGCUUUUCUGUUUUAUAUCACAGUAAACUGAAUGAUCAGGUCUGAAUGAGACUAAAUCAUGGACAUUUUCACAGUAAUAAACAGUUGCUAUUUCAUCGACAUGAUAGGUCAAUCAAUCAAGAAAAUAAUUGGUAGAUUAAACGAUAAUAGAAAUUAUUUGCAGCCCUGUUUGUGUUGCACUGACAGAUCCUCAUAAUUGUCUGGUUUACUGUUCUGUACAGUAACUCUAAAAAAUGAAAUAUUAAAUAUUUGGAGAAAAAAGUUUGAUUAAUGUGUAUUUAUGCAAGUGUUGUUUAAUUUCCUAGAAGUACAGUAUACUAACAGACAGACAGAAUACAGAGUAUGAGGUUUUCAUUUUUAAAUACAUUUUGAAUAUGUUUUCCAAAUGUAUUAUUAUUAUUAUUAUUAUUAUUAUUAUUAUUAUUAUGUGUGUGUACUGUUUCUCCUUUAAAGCUGCAGUGAUUCAUCUAUCCACAGGAGCCGCCCAGCACAGCAGGAUCAUGCUGAGAGAGCAGCUAUCGCUCUCAAAUGACAAAGUGUGGAAUAACAUGAUUGGCAGUGCAAGUGUGUGUUUCUGUGUGUGUGUGUGUGUGUGUGUGUGUGUGUGUGUGUGUGUGUGUGUGUGUGUGUGUGUGUGUGUGUGCAUGUAGCUCAGGAGAAAUCAUGCAGUGAUUCAGGCUGUUGAAACAAACUCAUUCACGUUAUGUGUUUUUGCAACAUUUGUAGUUUUCACAUUAAAAAAUACAGUUAUUAUUUAAAAAUA